AUGAGGAGGGAGAACCAGAGCAGUGUGUCUGAGUUCCUCAUCCUGGGGCUUCCCAUCCAGCCAGAGGAGCAAGGCAUGUUCUACGCCCUGUUCCUGGCCAUGUACCUGACCACAGUGCUGGGGAACCUGCUCAUCAUCCUGCUCAUCAGGCUGGACUCUCGCCUCCACACCCCCAUGUACUUCUUCCUCAGCCACUUGGCCCUCACUGACAUCUCCUUUACAUCUGUCACUGUCCCAAAGAUGCUGGUGAGCAUGCAAACUCAGGAUCGGUCCAUCCCUUAUGCAGGAUGUAUAGCACAGAUGUAUUUUUUCAUAUUUUUCACUGAUCUGGACAAUUUCCUUCUGACCUCAAUGGCCUAUGACAGGUAUGUGGCCAUCUGUCACCCCCUGCACUACACCACCAUCAUGAGAAAGGAGCUAUGUACCUUGCUGGUAGUGGUGUCUUGGCUCCUGUCCUGGACCAGUGCUCUGUCUCACACCCUCCUCCUGGCUAGGCUGCGCUUCUGUGAUGGCAACACCAUCCCCCAUUUCUUUUGUGACCUUGCUGCCUUACUCACACUCUCAUGCUCAGACACCUCCCUCAACAAACUGGUCAUUUUCACCCUGGGAGUGGCAGUCAUGACUCUACCGUUGCUGUGCAUCCUGAUCUCUUAUGUCCGCAUCGGGGCCACCAUCCUGAAAGUUCCAUCUAGCCAAGGGAUCUGCAAAGCCUUGUCCACCUGUGGCUCCCACCUCUCUGUGGUGUCCCUAUAUUAUGGCACAAUUAUUGGACUUUAUUUCUUCCCCUCAUCUGGCACCUCCAGUAACAAGGACAUAGUUGCUUCUAUUUUGUACACAGUGGUCACCCCGCUGCUGAACCCCUUCAUUUAUAGCCUUAGGAACAGAGACAUGAAGAGGGCUCUGAAGAAACUCUUCAAUAGGGCAACAAUCUUGUCUCGAUAA